AUGAGAAGACAAUUAUCCUUUUGUUUACUAUUACUUCUGCAAAUUAUGGCUUGGGUUCCUUCAACAAGUAGACCCUUCACACCAAAUCAUUAUACUUCUCAACUAUCAGAUGCCAACGUGACAAAAGGUCAUGGGUUCGAAUUCAACCACGCCUCAUUUCAAGUGGAAUAUUCAGCGCUUGUGCGAAUUCACACUUUUAGCCUAAUGUGCUCUCGUACAUUGAUGGAAGUCCAGGAAAAUUACAAGAUCCUUGCAGUUCAAUACAGGUAUAAACUCUUUCUGACUAAAGUUCUUAUAGAGUCUGAACAAACAGAAGAAAUAUACAAAGGAAUGAAAGAAUUAGGAUCUCGACCACCGAACUGUGACCACAGGUGUUCCGGUUGCACCCCUUGUGUAGCCACACAAGUUCCCACAGUCAGUGGCCAUUUAGGAAUACAAUAUGCAAAUUAUGAGCCUAUUAGCUGGAAAUGCAAAUGCGGACUGUCAUUCUAUAGUCCAUAA